AUGGGGACAGGACUGCGAAGCCAGUCUCUGCGAGGACCUCGGCCCUCCUAUGGCAAGCUUCGGGAGCCCUGGGGGAGGCCCCAGGAGGGCCGGCCCCGCCGGGCACUGAGCCUCAGACAGGGGCGCGAGAAGUCCAGGCCCCAGGGCCUCGAUGGAGGCAUGGAAGGGCUGGACUGUCCCAGUCAGGAGUGGCUGCCAGGCAGCCUGGGGGACGCAGAUCAGCUGAUUCAAGCCCAGCAAGAAGGCCGCUGGCGGUGGCUGAGGCAGUACCAGCAGCAGGUAAGAAGAAGAUGGGAGAGCUUUGUCGCCAGCUUCCCCAGUGUGACCCUGAGCCAGCCAGCCUCCCCAGAGCCCCCACUGGACACCACGAGCUAA